CUGUUUUCACUGAACUCAAAACACCAUGACAGAAUCAACAACCACACACAAUAACGAGGCCCAGAUGAUGAUCUCACAAAGCAGAGUCAAGAAGAGAAGAAGGUGUUGCCUUGUUCUAGGAAUUCUGCUACUUUUGCUGAUAGUGAUCUUCAUUGUGGCUCUGGUUCUGGCUUUAACUGUGUUUAAGCCUAAGAACCCAACAGUUCAACUUGUGUCAGCUUCUCUGGAUGGAGUGUCACCUAGUGUUUCUUUCCCUGCCAUUCAGAUUCAUCUCAACCUCACUCUUAAUGUCAGUCUUAUGGUUCAUAAUCCAAACCAUGCCAGCUUCAAGCAUGAACAAGGCACGAGCAUUCUGUAUUACGAGGGUAAUCAGAUCGGAGACACCAACAUCUUUACCGGUGAGAUUCCGGCGAAGGGGUCGGCCGUACUUCCUAGCCGGCUUACGUUGCAGGUCGACAAACUAGCAUCGAAUGUUACCAGUUUCGUGGGAGAUUUGAUGGGUGGGGAACUGUCAAUGGAAUCAUCUACUCAGCUUCCCGGGAGAGUUACCAUCCUUGGAUUCAUUAAAAAGCAUGCCGUUGCUCUUUCUGACUGCCAGUUCACUCUUGACAUUUCCGACAGGAAGAUUCGAUCCCAAUCUUGCAAAAGUAAGACCAAGUUUUGAAUGGAAAGGUAGAAUUUUUGGAUUGGUUGUAUAAUAAUAGAUGAUUCUCUAUAGAGGGUGGAUGUGGUUGUUUUUGGGCUUUUUAUGCCUUUGUUGUUGUGUUGUAAGUAAGAAGUUGCACGAUUUGGCAUAUAGAAUAUGUACUAGUGUCGAGGUCUACACAUAUACUUUUACAGACCGAGGGAGGGAGGGAGAUAGUUUACCAUGUCUGUAAUUUCUGAUUAUCAAAUAUCAGUCCCUCUUCGUUCCCUUGUU